AUGGCGUACUUUUUAUAUAUAAUCGCCACAAAAUUUAUUGUACUAAAGGCCCAUCCUAUCGUCAGUGCCGAUUCGAAUGAUGUUAAUAUCAUAGCCUUGAAAACGGACAUUGCGGCUGGCUGGGUUUCUGACCCUAAUGGCCGAGGAACCUGGGACCUGCUUUACAGUUGUCUUUGUACUUUACUAGCAUGCGUCUACACCGCUAUCCAUUUGAACAUACCCCCCGAAGGCGAGGGUAAAAUCGUUGGAUAUGGGAGAAAAGUAAAGUGGAUUUUGAUUGCGCUUUUCGCACCGGAGAUUGUGGCUUACGUGGUGUUUGAACAAUCAUAUCUCUGUCACAAAUUUCUCAAAAAGCUACUUAUCCAGGAAAAGAUAAAUGCUGAGAAUAAGUCGCAAGAUCCUCGGAGAUCUGAUCUAAAAAUGACAUACGCUCACUACGCUAUGAUGGGUGGAUUUGCCGCAGACGUUAGCCACCUUCACAAUGUUAUCAAAAGGGUAACAUUCACCACAGAGGAGGAAAUUGAUGAUAAGAGCAAACAAGAUAGCGUUGGAAAGGCCGUGGUAUGCCUACAAGGUAUCUGGAGUAUUGGCCAAGCAAUUGAAAGAAAGAUAACUGGGUACCCGACCACCAUGCUUGAAGUACACACAGUCGUUCAUGUCGUGUGUGCAUUGGCACUAUACACGAUGUGGGGCAAUAAGCCCUUGGACGUUGGAGUGCCAACGAUGCUAGAUUUUCGUGAUAAAGAUGAAAAGUACUUAGCAUAUAUGAUAAUGCUGGGAUCGGAGAGGGGAGAUCGCUCGCUUGGUCUGCAUCCCCCAAAGAAUUGGAUAACAGAUCCAGUGUCGGCUUCCCAUAACGGCUUCAAGAUUUUCAAUGACACACCGGACCCUAAGAUUGAGUACGAUGAACCGACCUUUGUCAUGUUCCAAGACAUCCAAGCGCCUUCAGAGCGCCCUUUAGUACAUCAAGAAAUGGUUAACAGCUUCACAUCAACGCCUGUAAUGGUUGGGCCAGAUUCUGAAGUCGGGACCACGGGCGCGAUUAAAACUAUAAUGCAUGUGGAUCGAUCGAAAGAGCCACUCAACGAUCGUUCAAAGGCUUGCAUUGCAGAGGAAAAGCCUCUGGUGUAUGUACCAAGUAACGACGCGCAAGAGGUCUGCACAUUGACAACGGGCCAAUCACUUACAUCUGGCUUUGGACCGGGACUGGACCAUCGAUCUGCCAAUAUGGACUAUAAGAAGAAAUAUGAUGGUAGAUCCGUUACCGUUUCCUUGACGUCUAAAGAUGUGAGAAGGCUCGAUUCAGCUGCAGCAUAUUUGAAAGAGAUGCAGACCCCGCUCGACAAGUGGGACAUUUUCAAAACAUACUAUGGUGAUAGGUGCAAAGGGAUUGUUCGAUUCCUGAUUAACGGCACUCUUUUCUGCUCACAUCUUGUUAGACUGAUUCUCCUAUAUCUUGGAAUAUCAGCAUAUGUUGGGGCAAGAAUGUAUCUGAUGAUUGAAUCUUCCAUAUCACUACGCCACGUACCAAUUGGAGUAUAUCAGACUCCAAAUGUCAAUAUUAUGGGGAAUGUCCCACAUAUAUGA